AUGGAUCCAUCGUUUGAACAUUUAAUUUUCAAACUUUGCCCUAAUUUUUGUAAAAAUACUACUUCGAAAGAGAGAGCUAAAAACAAACGCCAAGUACUACGUAAUAUUAUUAAUAAAGAUGAGAAAAUCUCUGUUGUACUGGAGUAUUUUAGCAUUCCCAUGACUGUAGAAUUGCUCAGUGACGAUGAUUAUGAGGAGGAUUGUCCAAUAGAUGUACCGUCAACUUCAAGAUGCAUGAAGUCAACGAAAAAAAAGAAAAAAAAGUUUCCAAUGCCGACUUCCUCCAUUUUUCGGAGGUUUUUUCGUUGUCCAUCCCGUACCCCUUUGACCGUAUUUGAUACUUUAAUAAAGGGAAAGUUGAACCAUCAAGAUGAUUUCACGGUUCAUUUUGUACAGAAUCUGAUUAACAAGGAGAUUCCCUUAGAAACCACUUUAAUCUCAUUAGCCGAUAGUUCUGGAUGGCUACGAAAAAGGCCACUUCGUCUUAUGUUUACUGUUAUCCCAUCUAGGGAACGACCUCCUGUGUUAGAAGCAGAACAGAUGCCCAUCCUAAUGGCUGAGCAAGAUCCGAUUCGUGAUCAAUCACCUGUGAGGAUCCAAGAGCCUAAAGACGGAAACUAUUUUGUAACUCCUCCUGACUUAAACGUUGAUCUCUUCACUGAUAGCAACGGUCACCAAGCACCGAAAAUUAGGCAAAAAUUAAUUCAAACACCCAAAUCGAGUGGUUCUAAGAACAAACGGGAGAGUGAUGCGAAAGAUAAACCUCCAGCAUUAACCCCGGAGAAAACACCACCCCCCAUUCUGUUACCAUGCGAACCUCCAACACUGGUAUCACCUGAAACACCAUCAACUUCUGUUGGCGUUGCUCAAGCAGUUUCAACUCCUAUCACCUCACCCAAGUACACAGCUCCUGGAAUUGUCAUUCCUGCAAGUUCUGCUCUAAUGCAACAAAUUCAAGAAUCCUGUCCUCCUGUAUCAUCCAAACGCCCUCCUUUUGUUCUGAAACGGGUCAAUAUGGAUCAGCCUCCUAUUCUUCAAGCUGUAUCACCGCAACAACAUCCUAGUCCACCAACUCUUCAUAGGAUAUCACCACCAGCCCCAAGCAAUAGAGGACCUCCUAUUUUAACGAGAGCAUCAGUGGGCUCGGAGCAUCCAAUGCAAGGUCCUCCUGUAUUAUCUCCUGUUAACCCCGCCUUAAUAUCAAUACCGCCCCAAAUUCCUUUUGCUCAGGUAUCCAAUGGUGGACAUGUACCUAUUCAAAUACCUGUGAUUCCGGCACAAGCUCAUCUUCAAACGCCCAUAUCAGUGCAAUCUCAUCCGCAUGCACAAGUUUUUGCUCACCCACCAAUUUUACUUCAUUCACAAACGCAUAUUGCCGGUAUGCCUCAACUAACCUCGAGCCCCAUACAGAUCCACACUCAAGCACAUGGCCCAGCUUCCACUCCGGCAAAAAUUAUUUCGUUGCCUUCGCAGUUUGGAGGACAAAUGCCUGUUCUUCAGAGAACCGGAGGAGCGUUGUCUAUCAAUGCAGAGGAUAUGCAACGUAUUCAGCAUUAUAUGAUGUCACAGCAACAACAGCAGAAUCAACAACAUCAAAUUCAUUUGCAGUUGCAAAGACAACAAGGGCAAACCGUCGCUAAACUUCAACCUACUGUGAAUUUUUCCAACGUACACACUGUUAAAACGCCUGAGGCAACAUCCAAACCUACAACGCCCAGGAAUGUUUCAUCAAAUCCUGCUACAGUUACUAUGAGAACAGCCAAGUCGAAAAUGACGAAGAAGAUGAAGUUGGAUAUGCAAGCCCCUUUGAGUAAUAUGAAUCCUCUUUUCCCAGUAUCUAUUGUAGCGUCUUCUGCUCCACCUUCAACCCCUGUAACUUUGUCAGCUCCGGCAGUUACGACGAGCACUCCUCCUUCUACUCGAAUUCCUUCGCAAGCUGUGAACGUAAAAAGUGAAAGCGUGCAAGAGUUGACUAAUCAAUCCUCUAACACCCCGCAAGUUCAAAUACAGCAAAAAGUUGAGUCGAAGCCUGAUACUCAAAAUAGUGAGCUGGCGAAAGUUCUUUCGAUAUCUAAUGCCAAGAUGAACACGAAGCCCAAAGCACAGAGCAAUUCUUCCGAUAUGAAGAUACAACAACAAGCCUCGAUCCCAUCGCUAGCAGUUGUUCCGCGUCAAUCUCUUCCAACCGCAAACGUGAACAGGCCGAAUAAGGAUAUGAAAACUACUAUUUAUCCGAACUUUGGAGCAGCUAUUGCUGAUUUGACAGCUCGUUUACCAACACCGACUGAUAAGAAAUCGACAUCGUCCUCUGUUGCUCAGAUUCCGUUAUCAGUCAGCAAAGCAGGAGAAGUGUACGUGAAGUUUCCAGUGAUCUCUAGUGCCUUAGGUAACAAAACAAUCGAGAAGCAGAGGUCAUCGCCCCAGAAACGCGUUUCUGAUAUUAUGAAACUGGACGGACCUUUUCCGAAAAUGCUGAAGACUAGCGAAAGUAGUUCUCCCAAUAUUUCAACAGAUCUUCAAGUGCCUCCUGCCAUCCUAGUUCCCCCUAGCUUUAGAACUCCUAGUCCCCCAUCCUCCCUAUCUACACCCUCAGUCUCUCGUCAAAGCUUAUCACCUCCCAAGUUAUCUCCCGUCAUGACGACUUUGAUUGAAUCUAAUCAUUCGCCGUCACCAUCAACAUCUUCGUCUGUGAGCACGUUGGCAUCAAUAAUCAAUGCUCCGGAGCCCAAGCCAAUUGAUCCAUCUCCAUCUCCGGCAGCUUCAGCCAUUGAUAUAAUCACCAUGGCUAAAAUCAAAGGGCAACCUCUGGGAAGAGCUAUUAAGGACGAACUCUUUAAGAAAGUUAAUCCGAUUGCAACGAAUCCUCCUGUAAUGGCCAUAGCGAAUGCGAACAGUUAUAACUCUUUUUGA